AUGUUGACAACAUUGCUGCCACUGCUGUGUCUACUGCUCCUGCCCGGCUGGGCCUUCUGUAGCCAUGAAGCCUCAGAUGGCCUUCGGACCCUCCACAUGCUCCAGAUCUCCUACUUUCGCGACCCCUAUCAAGUGUGGCACCAGGGCAACGCGUCGCUGGGGGGGCUAACGACGCACGUGCUGGAAGGCCUAGGCAGCAACGUCACGAUCCGCCAGUUGCAGCCCUUGCAGGAGCCUGAGAGCUGGAUGCACACAGAAGACAGCCUUAAGACCUAUCUGCACCAGUUCAACAGCUUGGUACUGCUGGUACACCAUGAGCGGCGCUUGACCUUUCCUCUGAUCAUUCGCUGCUUCCUGGGCUGUGAGCUGCCUCCUGAGGGUUCUACAGCACGUGUCUUCUUCGAAGUGUCUGUGAAUGGGAGCUCCUUUGUGCAUUUCCAGCCAGAGACAGCUUUAUGGGUGGCAGCGCCCCAGGCACCCUCCAGGGUGGUCACCUACACCCUGCAGCAGCUCAACGCCUACAAUCGUACUCGGUACGAACUGCGAGAAUUCCUGCAGGACACCUGUGUGCAGUAUGUGCAAGAACACAUCACUGUGAACAACUCGAAAGGGAGCCAAACAGGCCGCUCCUACACCUCGCUGGUCCUGGGUGUCCUGGUGGGCAGUUUCAUCAUUGCUGGUGUGGCUGUAGGCAUCUUCCUGUACACAGGUGGACGGCGGUGUUGA